AUGAACGCCCCUACACUCAGUCUGUGUACAUCGUUCGUUGUCGGCGUCGCUGCUGGCGCUGGUUUCGUGUUAUUUUAUGACGCAAACAGGAGCUGUUUGAGAAGGAGAGCGACGGGCAUCACUCCUCUUCGCCAGCACUCAUUUAGUGCGCCUAAGGAACAAUCAUCGGUGACUGCAGCUGUCAACGACGAAAUUGUGGCUGAGCAAUUCACACGCAACGUUCAGUUUUUCGGCAUCGAGGCGCAAAAAAAAGUCGCCGAUGCGUUCGUCGUCGUGAUUGGGCUGGGUGGAGUCGGAAGCCAUUGUGCACACAUGCUCCUGCGCUCUGGCGUUUCGAAUUUGCGUCUCGUUGAUUUCGACCUAGUUUCAGUUUCCUCCCUGAAUCGACACGCCUUGGCGACUCGCAAUGAUGUUGGAACUUCAAAGGCGGAGUGUCUGAAGUCACAUUUCGAAAAGAUAUAUCCAGAGGCACAAAUUGAGGCAAAGGUAAUGUUGUACGAGCGAUCAAGGGAAGAAUUGUUAUUGGGAGGCCAUCCUGACUUUGUUGUGGACUGUAUUGACAACGUAGAGACUAAAGUCGACCUGCUCGCUGCUUGCGUGCGGCGGAACAUUCAGGUAAUUGCUUGUGGAGGAGCCGGUGCAAAGUGCGAUCCAACUCGCAUAAGGCUCGUUGAUAUCGCGGAGAGUGCCGUCGAUCCGCUUGCUCGUGCUGUACGUCAUAGGCUCAAGCGUGAAUAUAGAAUCGAAACUGGUAUCUGGGUUCUGCUAUCAACUGAAAAGCCAAAGUGCGAUCUGGUUUCUGUAGAAUCAAGCGAUUCCAUGUUGACAGACUAUCAAAUCCUUCCGAAUUUCCGGAUAAGAACUAUACCUGUGUUCGGGGCGCUUCCAGCAAUUUUUGGUAUGGCGUGCGCGGCUCAUGUUGUUACACAUCUAGCUGGGCAGACAUUUGAUCCGGAACCAGUGCUUCGCAUGCAAAAGAAGCAGUUUGAGACCCAACUAGAUCGCUUGCGUGAUCGAGAAGAUGCCCGAGGGAGCCAAUCUUCUUCUGUCGCAGUUGACGUAGAGCUCAGUUCAAUUGUUUCGUUUACGCAGGACAUCGUAUACCUUGUCAAAGAUGUUUGGCAUGCCCGUAGUGCGAGGGCACAAACACCUUUGCAGAGUAAAGGAAUGUGGCGGAAUACCUCUGGUUUAUGCCUGACACGCUGGGAUCCAUCGCGUCCAGCUUGUCUCGAUAAUCUCGUACUACUGACUCUUGAUGAGGCUGAUGAACAUGACGCACAAGUUUGGGGUACUAUGAAUAAUUCAACGACGCAGGAAAAUGGUCUCAAGGCUCUGGUAAAUUUAUGA